AUGCAGGCGCGCGUGCCGGAGUCCAGCCCUACCCCCGAGGGGGAUCGGUAUGUGCCCCUCCGGCGUACUGCCCGGGCCUGUGACUCGUGCCAUCGGAGAAAAAUCCAAUGUGAUACAUCUGUCCCCUGUAAUUGGUGCCGCCACCAUAACCUGGAUUGUACCUUUGAUAGGCCUGUUGGCGGAAACAAACGAAAGAAAACCACUCAACCCGCCAAUCCAAGACGACCUCACCAGGAAGAUCUGGAGGACAGGGUGCGGAAGCUUGAAGAGCUUCUCACACGGUCGAUCUCGACCACACAGCACCCAAGGAAUUGUCUUUCCUUACUGGAGAAAGGCCAUCUGGAUACUGAACAGUCUCCGAGCUUGGCUGGGUCGUCGGAGCUGCCUAUUCAGACGGAUAAUCCGGCUCCUAGUAGUGGCCUACUGUUCGGGAAGAUCCACUUUGCCGGUCACUAUGUGGGUGAGAUUCGGUCAUAUAGUGGUAUCCCUUGCUUCUCACAAUCUGGGCACGAGUGGGUGCAGUCCUGUACUGGAGAGCCUGGCACAUUCGAGGAUGUCUGGUCGCACAAGUACCCAAACCAGGUCCCUCACCUGACGACUCCCCACCCGCAGAAUGGUUACAACCACUCUGUCACACCGGACCUUCCGGACCGGUCGUUGGUGGAACAGUACGUGAGCCACUUCUUCACUUCUGGUGAAUGUAUGGUCUUUCCGGUGGUGGAUGAGGUUCUCUUCCGGGAUACCGUGGAGCUCGCGUAUCGACCAUGUCAAGGGCCGCCGCCUGUGGAAUAUGCCCGGGCUAGAGCGUGUAUCUUUGCAUUCCUUUCAUUCAUUGCCGAGCUGGAUCCGUCCCCAAGUCUUCCCCCGGUAGAUCCUCCAGUCUACGCUGCCAAGGCACAAAGCCUCCUUCCGUAUAUUCUGCACGAUGUCAGUGUAUCUACAUUACAGACCAUGGUCAUGCAGGCUAUAUACCGAACAUUCACAGGUGAACUACAAUUAGCCAACCAAUUUCAUUCCAUGGCAUGUCGGGUCAUGUUCAUGCUUGGCGGAGAGACAGGCGAGACCGCAGACGCGUUCCGAGAGUCAUCAAAAGACCCCCAAGACCGGAAAUGGCGAUCUCAACGAAUGCUCCGUCGCUUAUUCUGGCUCUGUUAUGGCUUCGACAAGGAGAUAUGUUUCCGGUCCGGCCAACCGCCAGUUAUUCACGAUGAAUACUGCGAUCUUACACUUCCACCGAACUAUACCGAAAUCCAAUACCCCAGCACGGAGGGCAAUCCUAUCCGCUACGACGACAUGGCCAUACCCAUCUUCCCCGGAGAUUUACGACUGACGAUGCUCAAGUCGAAAACCUACCGGACACUCUACUCUGCUAAAGCGCUGCGCAAGUCCGACGCCCAACUGCUACAAGAUAUCCGCGAGCUUGACGACGAACUCGAGCAAUGGCGCCUAAAUGUACCACCCGGGCACCGCCCAACCCUCGGGACUUUCCAGGAACAGCACCCGAUACCAGUAUACCGCAUGCAACCAAUUGUCAUUCGACUGGAAUAUCAUUAUAUGAUGUGCACCAUUCAUCGCGCCAGUGGACGAUGUGAAGCCUGGGGUCAGCAAUGGAGAAGUUGCAAGACUGGAAUGCUGGAGGGAGUAAAUUCAAGCAUGCUCUUAGCCGUAGAGGCUAGUCGGUCUUCGCUACAUUUUCUUCGAACGGUCAUCAGUUCAGUGCGUCCUGAGGCCUUUUGGAUGAUCAUCUUCUAUCCCAUGUCCGCCAUCCUCACCAUAUUUUGCAGCAUUUUAGCGAACCCACUUGAUCCAUAUGUGGAAGAAGAUUUGCAUCUACUGACGGUGGUCCCAGACCUCGUCAGGGAUGUUCGUCGGCGACGUACUUCGGAUGUAGAGAUUGCACAUAUGCAAACAGUUACGAAUUUCGUGGCCGAGUUGAUCAGACUAGGCCACUGCGCUAUCGAAAAGGCUCGUCGGAGUCAGAGGCAGCUCACCCAAUCGUGA